GAUGUGAUUGAGGUGGAAAAGCGGUGUGGAUUUUGAAGUGUGAAAAGGGCUGUCUGUCCUCACCGCAGGACAGGGAGGAAGAGAGAGAGACUCAAGUCCCACACUUUAGGUGGACGAAAGAGCCAUAAACAGAUACGUGCUGUUACCUCUAUGGGUUUUGCCUCCCAAACAGCCGCAAGGGCAAUGCAGUAAAGUCCGGUUGUCGAUUCGGGAGUAGGAAAGCCGACGUCUGGAUUCAUUCAGUUAUUCCUGGUGUUGACUCAUGGACACAGACAAGGAAAAACUGCUUCAGUCCAUCAGGAUUUAACAUUAAGAGCUGCUGCUGGACUUCUGUUUUAAACUUCUGACUGCUGAAUCAUUUUAACACAACUGCUGUGACCUAAACUUUGCACUUUUGGCAAAUUUGUAGCUUUUAUAGUUACGUCGUAACACACUACCGUUACCGAAAGCUUAUUUUUAUUCUCGUUUGUUUUAUUUUAACUUAUUUAAUCACCGACUACGUAGCUAUAAUGCACAGUAAUGUAAAAGUAUAGGUUAGGAUCGCACGUGCAUACGCUUUUAUUCAUUCAUACUGUGAAACAAAGCAUGGGAAACCCGUAACGUUGACUACUGUCGAUAGUUUAUCCGUUAGUUGUAUGGUUUUAAUCUCGAUAACACUUAACUCCAAACAUUGAGAUUGAUACUCUUCACGAGCAUUUUUGUCUGUAAAUCAGUCGAACUGGCGUCGUUACCGGGACAUUACCGUGGAGGUGUAACGGUCAUGGAGAGCGAGUCAAUGGCCGGUGGCGACGUGGACUCGGUUCAGUGUGGCAUGAUUUCCUCGGACCCGGUGCUCGAUGGGAUUUUAAUGGACUCGUUUUGCCAUCAGCAGGGAUGGUUGCGCGUGUACGAUGUGAAAGGACCGGCCAGCCAUCACUUUUCCUGCGGCCAGUCGCCGUUCACAGAACCGUGCGUUUGGGAGAGGAAGUACUGCAUCCUGACCGAUAGCCAGCUCAUUCUGCUCAACAAGGAGGAAGAGAUGCCAUCCGAGAUCCAUGAAAGCCCCACAGCAUCCUCAUCAAAGGCCCGAAGCCUGAGACGGACAGUCAGCGUGCCCUCUGAGGGACAGUUCCCCGAAUAUCCACCAGAGGGAACCUCAAUGUCAGCAGAAGCGUCUGCGGAGCGCUCGCCCAGGCGGAGGAGCAUAUCAGGGCUGGGCAGCUCGGAGAAGAACAUUUCUAUGGAUGGACCCAACUCCUCGCCCUUCAAAGUGCCUGGCUUUUUAAGUAAACGACUGAAAGGAUCCAUCAAAAGAACGAAGAGUCAGACGAAACUGGACCGCAACACGAGUUUUAGACUCCCAUCACUAAGGCCAACGGAAAAUGACAGGUCGCGAGGCCUACCCAAAUUGAAGGAGUCCUGCUCCCACGAGUCUUUGCUGAAUCCUGGCAGUGCUGUUGAAGCUUUGGAUCUAAGCAUGGAGGAGGACGUCUACAUUAAACCACUACACAGCAGCAUACUGGGACAGGACUUCUGCUUCGAGGUGGCAUACUCGGGUGGAAGUAAGUGUUUCAGCUGUUCAUCUGCAGCCGAACGGGACAAAUGGAUGGAGAACCUCAAGAGAACCGUGCAGCCCAAUAAGGACAAUUGUCGGCGGGGUGAAAACGUCCUCCGUCUGUGGAUCAUUGAGGCCAAAGACUUGCCACCGAAGAAAAGGUAUUUCUGUGAGCUGUGCCUGGAUGACGUGCUGUACGCCCGCACCACCAGCAAAACCCGCUCCGACUGCCUGUUCUGGGGGGAACACUUUGAGUUUGCCGGCCUCCCUGCUGUCAAAAGCAUCACGGUGCACAUCUACCGCGAUGUGGACAAGAAGAAAAAAAAGGACAAGAACAACUACGUGGGUCUGGUAAACAUCCCCGUGCAGGGGGUGAUGGGACGGCAGUUUGUGGAGAAGUGGUAUCCGGUCAGUACCCCAACCACCAGCAAAAUCAAAGGCGGAGGUCCAUCUAUCCGCAUCAAAUCUCGCUUUCAGACCAUCUCUAUUUUGCCCAUGGAGCAGUACAAGGAGUUUGCCGAGUUUAUUACCAAUAACUACACCAUGCUGUGCUCUGUAUUGGAGCCUGUCAUCAGCGUCAAGAACAAAGAGGAGAUGGCCAGCGCGCUGGUACACAUAUUGCAGAGCACAGGGAGGGCGAAGGAUUUUUUGACGGACCUGGUGAUGUCAGAGGUGGAUCGCUGUGCCGAUCAUGACGUGCUCAUAUUUCGGGAGAACACGCUAGCCACCAAAGCUAUAGAAGAAUACCUCAAGUUGGUGGGACAGAAGUACCUGCAUGAUGCACUAGGAGAGUUUAUUAAAGCACUGUACGAGUCAGAUGAGAAUUGUGAGGUGGACCCAUCUAAGUGCUCCAACAAUGAGCUACCAGAACAUCAGAGUAACCUGAAGAUGUGCUGUGAGCUUGCCUUCUGCAAGAUCAUCAACUCUUACUGCGUGUUCCCACGGGAACUGAAGGACGUGUUCGCCUCCUGGAAGCAACAGUGUCACGCUCGAGGCAAGCAGGACAUCAGUCAGCGUCUGAUCAGCGCAUCGCUCUUCCUGCGUUUCCUGUGUCCUGCCAUCAUGUCCCCAUCGCUUUUCGGUCUCAUGCAGGAAUACCCAGAUGACCGCACCUCUCGGACCCUCACCCUUAUCGCCAAAGUCAUCCAGAACCUUGCUAACUUUGCCAAAUUCGGGAACAAAGAGGAGUACAUGGCCUUCAUGAAUGACUUUUUGGAGCACGAGUGGGCGGGAAUGACCCGUUUUCUACUGGAGAUCUCGAACCUCGAGACCAUUUCCAACACCCCGGGCUUUGAGGGUUACAUCGACCUGGGACGCGAGCUGUCUGUGCUCCACCAGUUAUUGUGGGAGGUGGUGUCACAGCUAGAUAAGGGUGACAAUUCCUUCCUGCAGGCGACUGUGGCCAAACUGGGGCCCCUGCCCCGGAUCCUUGGCGAUAUCACUCGCUCGCUGUCCAGCCCCACCCCUAUCCAGCAGCAGCUCAGGAGGUUUCAGGAUCACAGCUCUGCUCAUGACAUUAGUGGAAGUGUGUCGUCGGGACUGCAGAGGAUAUUCGAAGACCCAGCAGACAGUGAAAUUAGGAGCAUCAGAUCUCCUAUUCAGGAGCACAUGGAGGCCUUGGCCAGAGGGAAGCAUCCUUUAUUGGGUCAACAGCCCUCGGCGCACAGUAUGAGCUUUUCUGACAAAGAGGAGAGAGACAGCCCUCUUCCAAAUGGACGCAGUAUAUCUUUAAUGGACCUUCAGGACUCUUACCUCGCACAGGGCCACCCAGGUCCCAACCCUCUUCAUGAAGCCCCACCGAGGUUAGGACGGGUGGGCUCUCAGGCCUCCAUCGGCCCUCUGCCUCCUCCACACCAUCACCAGCCCCCUGUCCAUCCAAAAGUACCCCAGCUAAGGGACAACCUGCCCCAGAGCGCUCCCCAAGUGCGCCGCCCUCUCCACCCCUCCCUCAGUCAGCAGCGCAGCUUACAACCGCUGUCUUUCCAAAACCCAGUCUAUCACCUCAGCAACCUGCACGCGCAAUCCACGCACUCCACCCAGUCUACGCACUCCGUACAGUCCUUUCAGCCGGACUCUAGCUCGGAGAACCUGAGCACGGGCAGCUCUCGUAGCGGCAGCCCUAGCACGUCAGUCGGACGAGGAGCGACGCCCAGAGCCAGGAUGCCCUCCACCAGUAGCUUGGAGGAAGAGCUUAGUCGUAAAAACAUUCAGGGGCAGGAGACUCCUCCUCCUCCCACUGCCCGUUGGCACCCACCCCUGUUGGACUCGGGAGCCCAGGUGGUGGUGGCGGUACCGAGGCAAAGCAGUGCUGGGACGGCCCAUAUAGUGAAGGUGGAGCAGCAGAGUCGAGGAUUGGCGGCGGCAAAUGCAGGGGCGAGGACCCCUAAAUCUCUCCCUCAUAGCACUUCGCUCCGUAGUGGCAGCAGCGUCAACACCGAACCCAUGCAACAGAGCAGUGAGAGAUCAAAGCAACAGUCCACGUGCUCCAGAGACAGCUCCGUACCCGGAGGACGAGCCAACAAGCAGGUGAAUGAAAAGGGUCAGUCUCCUGUGGAGUCGGUCACCAUGUCCCCAGUCGAGAGAACGGCAGCUUGGGUCCUGAAUAAUGGACAGUUUGAGGAUGAGGAAAACGAAGCCUCAAAUAAAGACGACACCAAACAUAUAGAGAAGUAUGAACAGGAGAUCUCAAAGUUAAAGGAGCGUCUGCGGGCAUCUAGUCGGCGACUGGAGGAGUACGAGAGACGGUUGCUGGCACAAGAACAGCAGAUGCAGAAGCUGCUGAUGGAAUACAAGAGUCGAUUGGAGGACAGCGAAGAGCGUCUGCGCAGACAGCAGGAAGAGAAAGACAGUCAGAUGAAGAGUAUUAUCUGCAGGCUAAUGGCUGUGGAGGAGGAACUGAAGAGAGACCAUGCAGAAAUGCAGGCGGUUGUGGACGCCAAACAAAAGAUAAUUGAUGCACAGGAGAAGAGGAUCAGCUCUCUGGAUGCAGCUAACUCUCGGCUGAUGAGUGCCCUCACUCAGGUGAAAGAGCGCUACAGCAUGCACAACCUCCGCAACGGCCUGUCGCCCACCAACCCUACAAAACUUUCCAUCACUGAGAAUGGAGAGUUCAAGAACAGCAGCUGCUGAUUGGUGCUCACGGACUUUGAGUCGAGCUGAUUGAUGCUCCUGGACAGAUCACUGACUCUGAUUGGUCCGGUUUAGGAUGAACAGAGCGCCCAAAACACAAACCUAGCUGAUGGCUACGUUGACUGACUACUGUAUACAUGCAAUUACAAGGAAUGUUUGGUUUAUUAAUGUAUAUAAACGUUAACUAAUAUUGGUUAUGUACAGAGAGACGUGUUUUAGUUCCGAGUCGGUGAGGUUUUGCUUUUAAUACUGAUAUUGGCUUAAGAUUUUGAAAAGGUUUUUAAUUAUUGCCUAAGCUAUAUGAAGGAGAUGUAAAUAUCUUAAAUAGAGUUGUUUAAAAGAUAAUAUGAAGAGAAGCACAUAGUUGGUCAUAGUUGUAAAUGUACUGGAGUAACAGAACGUGACAGGCAAAGAUAUGAAAUUGAAAGGCAAGUUUAUGCACUCAGUUUUCUAACACAACUUUUCUAUAUUUUUUUAAUUAUUUUACGUUAUCAUCUUAUUAAAGGUGGUUGUGGCUGGGAUUACUGACUUUUAGGUGACAAUGUGAAGGCAGCCAGAGUUUAGUUACUAAAGACCCCAAACGUCAAAUACAGGCAUUCAUGUUUAUUUGUCAAUCAAACAAAGCAGUGGAUUGAUGAAAUAAAAUGUUACAUUGAAUUAACCCACUUAAGGCUUUUUGUUUCAUCAUCCAGACUCUAAAGGACUGUCAGUCUUACUUAACAUUUUUGUCUCAUGUGUGUCUUGUGUAUCUGAGCAGUUUGCUGUGAAAGCACUGAUCUCUAUUCUCACUGCCGCCACCUUCUAGACAGCCUCACUGCCCUCAAUUCCCAUCCUGUUUAUUGUUUCUGUUAUUCCAAUUGAAUGUCACUGUUUUCUCUCUCUGUCCACAUACGCAUCGAUGCCUUUAAACUGUUUUGGCACAGAGUUCCAGUGUUUGUUGUUCUUAUAAUUUUGAACUUCUUCAGAAGUUCAUUCAAAGGCAUUGAAUAAAAAUGAAUUGUGGCCUCAUUGAU